UCAGACCUCAACGGACAGACAGAACUGCACAGCGUGAAAAAGAAAAAAAAGCCCCAAGAUGUGUUGCUCCGGCUUUCUCAAAAUUAUGAUGUUCAUCUUCAAUGGUGGCAUCUUUUUGGCAGGUGCAGCCAUCCUGGGUGUGGGAGUGUGGGUGAAGGUGGACAGUGGUUCUCUGCUGGGGUUAGUGGAGGACAUGGAUGGCGCUCCAUCUGGUUUAUCCCAGCUGGCAAACGUCGCCUACCUGCUCAUCGCCGUGGGUGCUGUGCUGCUGCUGAUCGGCUUCCUUGGCUGCUGUGGAGCUGUUAAGGAGAGCAGGUGUAUGCUGCUGACGUUCUUCAGUAUUGUGCUGAUUCUCUUCCUCGUCGAGGUCACAGGAGCUGUGCUGCUGCUCGUCUUCGAUGGUUUGGCCGAGGAUCUCCUUGGUCAGCUAGAAGGUGAAGUCAAAAAAAGCAUCAGAAAGCAGUAUGGAAGCACUGAAGGCUUCACUGCUCUUUGGAAUGCCACCAUGGAGGAGUUUACGUGCUGCGGAUACAAGAACUACACAGAUUUUGAAGGAUCCCCUUUCUUCAAUGAGCAGGGAAUGGAUGUUUAUCCACAAACAUGUUGUAACCAAACCAUCACCAGUGGCGAGUGCAACACAUUCGAAGCAGAACAUUCGAAUAUUGAUGGCUGCUUACAGAGGCUUCUGCAGCUGAUAGAGGAAAAUGCUGUGAUCAUUGCUGCUGUGUUUCUUGGAAUUGCUGCUCUUGAGAUUGCUGCCAUGGUGGUUUCCAUGGUUCUCUACAAGCAGAUUGGCAACAAGGCAUGAUUUUUCGUGUUUGGGAUGAGAUGGCAACAGUGUAAUUGUUUGAGAAAUGUAACUUGCAAGCAGUUUUUUUU